AUGUUCUCAACUCUCUCAUCCAUGCUUUCUGCUGGAAGAACAAAACCUCACUCAUCAUCCCUUCAGAGCUUCUCUCUUGUUCAUCACAAGAACACUCUCUUCAUAAACUCUCUUUCUGUUGUCCCGGUCCUCUUCACGCCGGUAUCCUCUUCAACAACACGGCUGAUUUCCCCGACGAACACCACCACCACCACAGCAACAGUGCCAAUACCGACAACAUCUUCAUCUUCUCGACCUAAUGAACCUAAUGAAUGUUCUUCCAUUUGGUCACUUUACGACGAUCUUUAUCAUGAUACCCUCUAUGCAGAUUCUGAAUUCCAUCAAGAAGAACCUACCCAUGAAGAGAUUCGAGCUGGAGUUGUUGAUGUUCCGGUUGAAUCUAAGAAAAGAAAGGUUACUGGUUCAUUUGGGAGACAGUACCGUGACGAUUGUUUAUAUGUUUGUGAUUGGCCUGGUUGUGUUCAUUUGGAGGAGAAGGAAACUCUGUACAAGGCAUUGGCUUCCUUUGUGUUAGCUUCGACUUUGCAAUGGCUCCCUUUGAAACGGUUCACCCCAAAGUUCAAAGGGGUUGACUUCCCACGGAAACAUUUUGGCCUAUACACGCAUUAG